UUAUAUAAAAAAUAAUGAAAUAAGAUAUAUUAUCAUAUUUUUUUAAAUUGUUAGAAUUUAUGAGGUAUUUAUUAUUUUAUUUUCAAAUUAAGUACUUUAAAAAACAAUAUUAUAAUUCACAAGAUUCCAUUAAAGAUCAUAAUUUAUAAAUAUUACUUAUAUUUAUAAUAAAAGAUAUUUUACUUAUAUAAUAAUAAAAUUAUUUUCAUUAUAUUGUUCGUUAAAAUAAUAAAAUUAAUCUACAAAUAUUUAAUAAAAGAUUUAAAAAUAUAUUAUAAUAAAAAUUUAAUUUAUAUAGAUAAAAUAUAGAUACAUACUUUAUCUAUAUAAUAAUAUUCAUAAAUUAAAUAAAAAUAAAUAUUUCUCAAUGUAUAUAUGAUAUGUUAAUAUCAUAUAAUAUAUCAUGUUUAUCAAAUAAUAUCUAUAAUGCGAUAUUUAAUUUUCGUCAAUAUUAUAUACAAAUUAUCUUUAUUUUUAUAUAUUCAAUAGAACAUAGUAGUUCGUGACUCAUGACAUAAUUUCAUUGUGUCAGUCUCUUCCUUGUCCAAUUUGCGAUAUUAGUAUAUGACGUGUUAAAAUUUGGAAUCGCUAUUUUUUGUGACUCGAUAAAUAUGAGUAUAAAUGACGGAGAAGUAAUUGAAUACGAACCUUCGGUUAAAAAUGUAAUCGAACAACAAUCUUUGCGAUGGAUAUUUGUCGGAGGUAAAGGUGGAGUUGGUAAAACGACAUGCAGUUGUUCUUUGGCCGUACAAUUGUCAAAAGUUAGAGAAAAUGUCCUUAUUAUAUCUACUGAUCCCGCACAUAAUAUUUCUGAUGCAUUUGACCAAAAAUUUAGUAAAGUUCCGACAAAAGUAAAAGGUUUUGAUAAUCUUUUUGCUAUGGAAAUAGAUCCAAAUGUAGGUAUUACCGAAUUACCGGAGGAAUAUUUUGAAAGCGAAGCAGUUUCAGGUGGAGAAGCAAUGCGAUUAAGUAGAAGUGUAAUGCAAGAAAUUGUAGGAGCAUUUCCAGGUAUAGAUGAAGCAAUGAGUUAUGCAGAAGUAAUGAAAUUGGUUAAGGGAAUGAACUUUUCUGUUGUUGUUUUUGAUACUGCACCUACUGGUCAUACUUUAAGAUUAUUAUCAUUUCCACAAGUAGUAGAAAAAGGUUUGGGCAAAUUAAUGCGUUUAAAAAUGAAGAUUAGUCCUUUCAUUACACAGAUUAGUUCAUUAUUGGGCAUGACAGAUUUCAAUGUAGAUACAUUUUGUAAUAAAAUAGAAGAAAUGCUCAUUGUUAUUAGACAAGUUAAUGAACAAUUUAAAAAUCCUGAUCAAACAACAUUUGUUUGUGUAUGUAUAGCAGAAUUUUUGUCAUUAUAUGAAACAGAAAGACUUGUACAGGAAUUAACAAAAUGUGGUAUAGAUACUCAUAACAUUAUAGUAAAUCAAUUAUUGUUCUUGAAAGAAGGAGAUAUGCCAUGUAGACUUUGUCUUGCUAGGCAUAAAAUACAAGAUAAAUAUUUAGAACAGAUAAUGGAUCUUUAUGAGGAUUUUCAUAUUACCCGACUUCCUUUAUUAGAAAGAGAAGUUCGAGGAGUUCAACAGGUUAAAGAAUUUUCUGAAAAUCUUAUUAAGCCUUAUAAGCCUUAACGCUUAUAUGAUUAAUCUUUCAUAAUUUUAAUAUAUAAUCAAAAAUUCUUUAAAUUAAACAAAUUUUAUACAUAUGAUAAAAAUCAUAUAAAAAAAAAUGUUUUUAUUUAUAAUAUUUAACAAGGAUAUUUUAUCUUUGCAUUAUUAAAAGUUUCAGUUGAUGUAUUAAAUAUAUUAAACAUUACUUGAUUAAUUA